AAUCAUGUACUGAUCGAGACUGCACCGGCCACACUGUCAAUAUGUUUACAUUGGCAGGCGUGCAGAGGGUCGUCUGCUGUGCUUGGCAGUAGGCAAUGACUUCUAACUCAUCUGGAUCGGGAUAAACAAGUUCCUGGAUAUGACAGAUUUGUUCGAGGUGGUCAAGAGAAAUAGCUUUCGGCAGGUGAAGCUGCUUUUGGAGGCCGGAUAUGACGUCAACGCCCGCAACGAGCGCAUGGAGACGCCUCUUAUGGCAUGUGUGAUGUAUGUCCACGACCAAGACUGCAGAUUUGGCGUCAUUAAGCUACUAUUGGCGUCCGGCGCCGACAUAAACCUUCAAAACGGCCGCGGCCAGUCGGUGAUCAUGUACGGUUGUAUUCUGAACCAGCUGGAUUCAGUUAUGCAGCUUCUCCAAUUCAACAGCCUCCGAGCGGAUCUUACGGAUGCCGAUGGGAAUACAGGUCUGAUGUACGCAUGCGCGCUUGGCCAUAUUGACAUUGUCAAGGUCAUCAUUGAUUAUCACAAAAAAGGUCACAUCAGCCUUGACCUUUUGAAGAAGAACUAUGAUGGAAUGGGGGCAUUGGAACAUGCAGCUCAAGGAGGCCAUCUUGACGUAGUGAAAAUAAUCUCUGGUUGUACAAAGGACCCAGAUUCCAAUCAGGAAACUUCCAACAUGGCGACCGAUUUCGAAUGGGCUGAAGAACAAGCACCAAAUCCGACCCCUACCAAUCACAAAUGGCAGUCAAUGAAUGAAAAGAUGCACCAGUUUAUACAGGAAGUUCAAGAUGCAUCGGUGGAAGAAUCGUCCGACAAGAUCACGCCGUCACCGUGCGCUGGAUUACCUCCCCCUGAUGUCAUCAUCACUGGCGAGGAAUAUGUUCAGAAUGCAGCUAACAAACUUUCGGAAGAGAACAGCAAGCGGCCAACCAAUCACCCUGUUGCGCCGUUGACGUCACCAAGAUCGCCUUCUGUCAAUCGUCGUCUGAAGUCUGCCGUCAGAAGAACCGCGGAACAGCUCAGUGAUGAAGAGACGGAACUUAGUCUAGCAAGUCUGGGAGAGCUGGUUACAACUGUAAGAGAGUGUGCGAGGGAGAUCAGAGAGAUUUGUCAUCACCCUGACAAAGAUGAGAAAGCAAAGCAGUCCAAAAAAGAAAAAGGGGUCGGUAAGAAGGUAAAAAGUGAAAAAUUCAAAAUGGCUGAUGUUGACAACGCUGAUCUGAAGCGGAGACGAGCAUCGGGGCCUGGGUUUCCAAGCAAAGACAGAAAUCAGCCUGAACUGGAUACUGACGUGGCCCUAAACCAGACCUGGCCCAAGAGGAGUCUCUCCUCUCUGAAUGUCCGACUCUCUGCCUCCAACACAUCAUUGAACAGGGAGGAUACAGGGAAUAGAUCACCAUCCCCCACUGGGAUGCAGCCCAGCGGCGAGUUCCAUGACAAAACUCUUCUUCAAGAAAAGCAUAUCCUCGACAAGGUAUUCUGUCGACUGAAUAAUUCCAAGGUUAUAUGGGGUGGAGACCCCCCUCCUCGAGAAACCAGCUCGAGGGAGCGACCAUCCAAAGCCACAAUGAUGGUUCGGGAUCAGUUCUCUUCUUAUGGAGACCCGUUGCCCGGGAUACAUCGCAGCACCGGGUGUCUCCCGCCUGUCCGAGAUGGAGGGAGGCUCCGGCAGGUGGUCCACAGACAUGUGCAUAUCAAAGAGCCCGGGGGGCCCGGUCCGGAAAAAGAAGAUUCCGUAGAAGGGUCGUGCUCAGACAGGGGGAAGGAGGAGGGGGAGGAGGAGAUUAUGGAUGUGUGAAACAGAUUCUUUUGUUGUUAUUUUUUACUUUUUAUACUUCGAAUUCAUCUCUCCCAUUUGGGGAAUGUUUGGCCGUUUUAGGGAGGAGUAUCUAUUGUAUUAUUUAGCGUCUCCACCAUGACGGGCGCUUUGGUAAAACAACACAGUAAUUACCGCGUGGGCGCUUAAAACUCACUGUGUUACGGGAAUGCAUGCUUUGGAUCACACUUUGAAUGUAUUAUUCAAGGAUGGAUUGUGACUGAAACAUUUUAUGCUUUAUUUAUGAGCCCAUUUAACCAAAGAUUUCAAUUAAUUCUAUUCUCUUGAACAUGUAACCUAAUUGUUACCACCGCGUGUUUAUUGCAUGACUUUUAAGGGUGACCUUGACCAUAAACAGCUUGCACCAACAAACCGUGUUUGGUUUGGUAUUGGUGGUGGCAUAAACAGUUCAAUAAAGUUUUCGUUGGUCGUGAUAUGGAGACUGCCGCUGAAAAAGAAUAUCGACAUCGGCGCUGAGAUUAGGGCGUCCUUGGACACUAACCCAACUUAUCCGUUUAUUUGUUCCAACGAUCGAACUAUUUUGUGUGAACACGAUUGGAUCUCAACGUGUAAUAACGAUCAAACACAGGAUCAGUCGGUUGUUAUCGAUCACCUGUUUCCUCCCACACUUGAAUCACGAUCGCCUUGAAGGCGGGAUAUGUUUUUAUAUUUCUGUGAUAUUUCUUGUUACAUUGGCCAGAGUAAAUGUUAUCUGUGUUUUAACCUGCUUUUCA